GCAUUUGAUUGAUUCAGUGACGUCACUAUAACCAUUAUCUAAACUCUAUGUUACCUAUGUACGAAGUAGAACCGUCAGAAUUACAAGUGCAAUAGUGCAAAUUCACAUAUAUCAACAUAUCCCUAAACAGGUAGACAAUAGCCUCAGUUUAAAUUCUCAUUUGAUAUAAACUACAAUAGUUAUUAACGUUGACCAAUAAUCAACCCAUUAAAAGAAUGCCAGGCUUCACAACCAUGCGCGCAGCUCUACGAGCUCGGUCGGGAGCUCCUCUCAUGUCAACCACGAACCGUCUAGUUGCAAGUAGACAGAUCCAUCAAUCAUCGGCGCUACUUAUGCCUUAUAAGGACGACAUGGACCGCGAAUCCCUCAAGCCCAAGGCGCACGAGUACACGACGGGCGGUACAGACGGGGAGAUCGCUUCUAAGCAAGACGCCGCAUACAACCCGAACAAGACGGAUCCCGAAACCGAGGUGAAAGCUGCGGGCGCGGAGAGCAAUGGCAAUGCCUUAGACAGUAGUCCCGCGAACAAAGAUUUUGCCGAAGGUAGCCGCGGCAAUGUGGAGGACAAGACGCAUGGUAAUAAAAAGAAGGCAAGCGGCGCUGGCAAUACGCUCAAGAAGGGCAGGACUUGAUGAGCAUCUAUGGCUUGGUAAAUGGCUUGGUAAGGAAUAAAAGUCCUGGGAAAGAGAUUGAAACUUAGUUGCACAUUUCCCACAAAUUUCGCAUUCGAGAUCAGGAGUUUGGGGAUUGGCUAUAGCCGUUGGUGGACAUA